CCGCACCCGAACGUCCUUGAAAAUUCGAUUUAAAAAUUCAAAAGUGAUGUAUUGAAUUUCCAAUUUCAAAACAAUGGGAGAAACGAUUAAUAUUUUACGAAGUACAUGAUUGAAUAUUGUAUUGUUCAAACCCGCAUUCUUUUGUAAUUUUCAUCGUGUAAAUUAUUGGGAUGAGCCUACACAUAUUGGAGAUCAAUAAUGUGAUUUAGGAAGUUGACUUGUUCUAAAUAAAUUAGGAUGAGUACAAAAAGACAUCUUUGACAAAGAUAAAACAAUAGGACCCAUCUUCCCAAUUUUUUGGAAGUAUUGGUAGAUAUUUUGGACCCCAAAUUUAAUGGGAUCAAUUGGGAACCACUCCACAUGGUAUUAGUACCUGCAAAACAAAUAAAAAUGGGUUAGGAGACUUACCUUGGCCGGCCAUUAUGGAGAAGAGCUGCACAUGACUUGAUAAGAAUCAAAGUUUGGGGCCACCACUCUUAUUUUCGCACAAAUUGGUGUGCUGUUUGUCUCCUCUCAUUAUAGGAGCUAUCCUCAACCAAAUAACGUGUAUGAGGUGUCCUUGGAUAGCCUUUGAAGUCUAUUAUCUCAAUUGAGUGGUCUUUGUUCGAGGAGAGAAGGCUUAUCUUGCAAAAAUCGAGCUGGAACGAGCAAAGGUCUGUGAACUCGAGCUGUGAGAGUGCUGAGACUGUUUGGUCGAUAUCUCGAGUUUUACAAGUCCAAUUAAGGCGUGUGAGAUACCCACAGAAAGCUCUCAAGACGAGGAAUCCGUGAAGGUCUGGUUUGCAGGAAUCGGAGUUGUGGAAGGCUUCCAAAUCGUCCGAGCAAAACACAACCUCGCAGGAGAGGAUUUAAUCUUCUAAAGAAUCGAGUUAGCCGGAAAACACCCGUUCUAGGGGCUGUUUUCGUAUCAACGAUUAAGGGUUGAACUAGCACUUUGAGGAGGCUGUUUAACACUCAUAUUUGAGCAAGGAAUCAGUCCCAAAUCCACCUUGACCAAAGAUUUGACCAUUGGACCAAGAAGGGAAAGUUUAAAGCUCAAUUGAGGUUGAGGCUAGAGCUUGCAUCCUGUGCUCGUUGAUCGAGUGAUUCCUCGGAGAGAAGACUUGAAAUGGACCGUGGUGGCAGGAUUACUAGGAGAAACCCGACGGGUCGUGUACCAGUGGAGACUGGACAGGGCAGUCGAAGGACCUCUAGGGCAUCUAGAGGAGCUGGCCGUGGAGGCCGAUCACAGACCGUGAGUGACGGUCAUGUCGACACGGAAAGUGAAACCUACUGGUCCUAUGAGGACUCGACCUAUCGACCGGAAACUGAACCGGUUGAGACCCCUUAUGAAGGGGAUGAUGAUGAUGUAAGUGAUGAGGAGGAAAAUGGCUCCUUAGCACGGAUUGAAGCACUACUUCAACAGUACCACCGUGAGCGUGAGGAGAGGAGGGAACGCCGAAGGCGCCGGGCUGGGCAACCUUCGGGCGGGGCUUCAAGAGGGAGAAGCCAUGGCGACUCUAGGGCCCACAUUGAACCACAUGGGGGUCGGGGUGAUGGAGGUCCAAUCAUAAGGAUCUCCAAAUACAUCAAAGAGGCACGAGACUUGGGGUGCAAACCGUUCGAUGGGACGGGUGACAUCUCCGUUUCGGCACAAUGGAUUAAGCGGCUGAAUGAGGCAGCCCUGGACAUGCAACUCACCCCCGAAUAUAAACUAAGGGUUGCGGUGAGAUUGCUUGAGGGUAUGGCAUCCAAGUGGUGGGAUGGGACCAAAGGCAAAUAUGGCGAGACCGUCACUUGGGAGAAUUUCCGACAGGAAUUCUUUGCCCAAUAUUACUCGGAUUUUGAGGUGAACAAGAAAGUGAGGGAAUACACCCUUCUAACCCAAGGGGGUAACAUGACGGUGAGGGAACUUGAGUACAAGUUCAGGGAUCUUGCCGAUUACAUACCUGAGUAUGCUUGUGACGAGAACCGGAUGGUGAACCACUUCUGGGAUGCUCUAGACUUGGAGAUACGUGACAGGGCAACACAAUUGCCUAACAUGACGUUUGCCCAAGUGGUUGACCAAGGGUUGAAAGGAGAGAAGCAAUGGGAAGAAAGGAAGAAGAGAGACGCCGAGGAGGCGAAAAAGAGAAAGUGGGAGAGUCAUGGCUCCCAAGGUUCCAACAAAAAGGGGAACCACGGAGGAGGAUCUUUCCGGGCACCACCGCCACCAUAUAGGGGGAACCAAGGCCCGAGUGGGCAAGGCGCGAGGUCACAAACCUCAGUGGUAGCUCGUUGCAACAAUUGCAAGAAGAACCACUCCGGUAAAUGUCGCGACCCCCCUAGAUGUUUUCAAUGCGGGGAUGCCGGGCAUUUGAAGGCACAUUGCCCACAAUUGAGUGGGGCAAGGACAUCGGGGCCGAGUAGCGGUCCGACGGGUACACGGAAUCAAACCGGAGCUUCUCAAGCGAGCCGGGGACAUGGGGGAGCGAGUACGAGCAACGCGCCAUCCGUGAAUCAAGGAAGAACUCAAGCUAGAGUUUAUGCGAUGACGGAGGCGGAUGCUCGAGCUAACCCGGACUCGGUUGCAGGUUGAGGCUAGAGCUUGCAUCCUGUGCUCGUUGAUCGAGUGAUUCCUCGGAGAGAAGACUUGGUUCGUGCUUCCUCCAUUCUAUUUGAAACAUUAAUAAAUUUGCUCAUGGAUAUUUUAUUAUAGAGCCUGCGUGCUCAUGAAUAGCCCUGUGUGGCUCUUUCGUUUUAAACAAUGUUUUCCGCUGCUUUAUGAAUUACUUAUUAUGUUGUUUAUGGAUGACUUAUGUGUGAAUGAUAUUCAUGACGCCUUGUAUAA